UUUAGAGAUGAAGCCUAUCUGUCACUGACAAGCGCGUUAACCUAAAGACAGCGACUUUACAGAUACAAAAAAGUUUCUCAUUAAUCUUAUCAGACCUUUAUGGUAUUUAAACAACUCUCUGAGAUAUUGUUUUCAGAGUGGAGCUUGUAUCUGGAGAGUGUAUAAUUUUAAUAUGCGGUAAUAUUGAAUUAUUUGAAUCAUUUCUAAAAUAAAUUGUUCUUCGGUUGCCUACAUUCUUCUGUGAUAGUGAGAUAGAGAACUACAAUCCUGUCUAUCUAUACUAUAGACGUUUGUAGAGAUACAUAUAGUAUGGAUGUAGAUCUAGUACAGUUGGAGUCCAGUCUAUGGGUUGGUAAGAAACGUUACCGGGCAGCCCUUACCGAAUGGCACCUCAACUGGACUGAGCUCGAUAAGAAGAACCGUGACAAGACCGUUUCAGUACCAGUGUCGGAGAUUGUUGCUGUGGAGGAGGGGCAUGUGGAGGUUCUGCCCCAGAGGUCAGUUUCUGAAGACACAGACAGAGACUUCACAGUGUUCUAUGUGAAGCGUAGCAGCAACGGUAGUUCCUAUGGGUUGCUAUGGCGCCUGGGCAGGACCCAGUUCAGCUGUCCCAGCAGGGACCUCAGAGACCAGUGGAUGACCCAGCUGAGGAUUGCCCUCAAAACACACAGCCCCUCUCGUCCUCACAGGUUGUUGGUGUUCAUCAACCCGUUCGGAGGAAAGAAACAAGGGAGGGAGAUCUAUCACUCUCUAGUGGCCCCACUAUUUGAGCUGGCAGGGGUCAGCUCUCAUGUUGUAGUGACAGAGCGGGCCAACCAGGCGAGAGACCACAUACUGAAGAAAGACCUGACUGGUUUCGAUGGUGUGGUAUGUGUGGGCGGGGAUGGAAUGUUCAGUGAGCUGCUGCACGGUGUGAUUGGCCGAACACAGCAGGAGGCGGGGCUAUCGGAGCAUGACCCCUCCCUACAGUCAUGUGACCUUCACAUUGGCAUCAUUCCUGCAGGCUCCACAGACUGCGUGUGUUUUGCCACUGUGGGAGUCAAUGACCCAGUGACCUCUGCACUGCACAUGAUCAUUGGAGACUCUCAGCCUCUGGACGUGUGUUCCGUCCACCACCGCUCGUCUCUGGUGCGUUACUCUGUGUCUCUGGUAGGAUACGGGUUCUAUGGAGACGUGCUGGCUGAAAGUGAGAGACAUCGCUGGAUGGGGCCCCUCCGAUAUGACUAUUCAGGUGCUAUGGUGUACCUGAGUAACAGGAGCUAUGCAGGCCUAGUUCAGUACCUACCAGCAGACCCCCAGCUCUCCAACCCCAGGGACAACACACGCUGCCUCUCUGGGUGCAGUGUGUGUUCUAAGAGCACAGAGAGACUGUUCCCCCACUCUCCAGAUGCUAGUUCCAACUACAUCUCCCACUUCAGUCAGUUCAGCAGCGACUCAGAGGGUGAUUGGGUGAGUGUGGAGGGCCGGUUCAAGGCUGUGUCCCUCACCUGUAUGUCCAGCUCCUGUCCUCGCAGUCCCCUGGGCCUGUCCCCCUCAGCACACCUGGCCGAUGGGACAGGUGACCUCAUCAUUGUACGGGACACACACCCCCUAGGGUUCCUCACCUUCCUACACAGACACACCAGCACACAGGACCAGUUUGACCUGCCCUUCGUGGAUGUCCACCGCGUGAAGGCAGUACGUUUCUCUCUCCCACCCGGAGAAAAUGAGGAUGAAGAGAGGGAGACCGUAAAUGGUGGAGGGAUGGCGGAAGAGGGAGAGAGAACAAGCCGGAGCGGUUCCCAACAUCACCUGGUAGAAAGAGGAGAGGAGCGAGGGAUGGCUAAUGACAGGAGGAAGAAAGACUUGUGUGGCCUGUGCUGCAGUAAGCCUCCUUCAGUGUCUGUGUGGAACUGUGACGGAGAAAUACUUCCUCACACUGAGAUCCUCUGCAGGGUUCAUUGUCAGCUGGUGCGUUUGUAUGCCCGGGGCAUGGAGGACGGAUCAGCCACACCCACCAGGAAGUGAACUGUGUUAGGGUCCAUCACACUACUGACUGAGGGAGGCCGUGGUAGGGUCCGUUCACACUACUGACUGAGGGAGGUAGGGUCCGUUCACACUACUGACUGAGGGAGGUAGGGUCCGUUCACACUGCUGGCUGAGGGAGGCCGUGGUAGGGUCCGUUCACACUACUGACUGAGGGAGGCGGAGGCAGGGUCCGUUCACACUACUGACUGAGGGAGGUAGGGUCCGUUCACACUACUGACUGAGGGAGGUAGGGUCCGUUCACACUACUGACUGAGGGAGGUAGGGUCCGUUCACACUACUGACUGAGGGAGGUAGGGUCCGUUCACACUACUGACUGAGGGAGGUAGGGUCCGUUCACACUACUGACUGAGGGAGGUAGGGUCCGUUCACACUACUGACUGAGGGAGGUAGGGUCCGUUCACACUACUGACUGAGGGAGGUAGGGUCCGUUCACACUACUGACUGAGG